AUGGAGUCUCUGCCCGGCUCCUUAUGUCGAGCUUGUCGGCGUCGACCCAUUAAACCUUGUCAAAGUCGGUCCUUCAGCACAUCCCUCAGACGCAUGUAUAUUCCUCCAGAAUCACCAGUGUACAUUGACAUCCCGGAACCACAUCAACCUCUUCGCGAUUCUAAACCCCCGGUAAAGGGUGUUCUUCCCGUACCCAGGGAACUCUUCCCAGCGAACCGACCGGACAAGCCUGGCAAGCUCUACCUGGAGAACGUUACGCGAGACCCUCUACCCAAAAAUGUGCCUCAUACCGAACACCUCACCGACAUAGGACGCUACAAGCUUCGCAUGUCCGAGCUGCGAAAGAAACACCUGCGCGAGGGUCUUGAAGAAUUACAUGCUCGGAAGACCUCGAUGGACAACAUCAUCACGGCCCGCAGCCGGAUGAAACAGCAGGAACGCGAACGGCUGCUAACACAAGCCGAGCGCGAGGAUGAAAGGCUUACCAAUACCUCGAUACCAUCGGCCAUGCGGCCACGGAAACCGCACCAGUUGAGUCCGGAAGAAGAGCUGGCGAUCUAUAAUGCGCGCAAGGAGGUACACGAUUCUCGGCAGGCGGCGAAGCACGAAGCGCGCCUUGACAAGCUGCACACGUUGUACAUGAACGCACGCAACUUCAUCACGGACCGGGAACAGCUGACCGCCACUAUCGAAACGACUUUCACUACCGGUCGCAGCAUCUGGCGUUCCGGCCGUCCGGAUACGGUUGAAGAGAUGAUCAAACGGGGCAGAGACAAGACAGCCGAUCAGGGCCGUGGAGGUAUGAUGCUCGCGGGCGACGUCAACGAGCGGGCACUGCGUGAUCAGGAACGUAUGGCCAAGAUCGCAGAGAAAUUGAGUGGGGGGAAACUUUGA